AGCAGCCGCCGCUCCAGUCGGGGCCCCCGCACUCGGAGCCGCCUGGGGCGGAGGCCGGGGCGGGCGAGGAGGCCGGACUGCGGCCGAGGCCCCAGGCGCGCUUCCGCCGCGCACGCCGCGGUCCAUGGGAGGCUUGGCCGGCGGGGGCGGGGGCCGCGCAGCCGGGGACUUUCAGGAACUGCAGGCGCGGGCGGCGGCGGGAGUCGCCGAGCCGCGGGGGCCGGAGCGCCGAGAGCAGGGUUGAGGCGGAGCCGCCGCUGCCGCCGCUGAACCGCAGCCGGAGCCGGAGCUGUCCUCCCCGCCCGCUUAGGGCCGAAACUCCGCAGCGCGGGAGACCAGCCAGCCCACUCGGGCCGGGGAACCGCCCGCCAUGGCCACCAAGGCCCGGGUCUUGUAUGACUUUGCUGCUGAACCUGGAAACAAUGAGCUGACAGUUAAUGAAGGAGAAAUCAUCACAAUUACAAACCCGAAUGUUGGUGGAGGAUGGCUGGAAGGGAAGAACAGCAGAGGAGAGCAGGGCCUGGUGCCUACCGACUACGUGGAAAUUUUACCGAACGAUGGAAAAGAUCCAUUUUCUUGUGGAAAUUCAGUGGCCGACCAAGCCUUCCUUGAUUCCCUGUCAGCCAGCACUGCCCAAGCCAACUCGUCUUCUGCCAACAGCAGUAACCAGGUUGGUGGUGCCAAUGACCCCUGGUCAGCCUGGAAUGCCCCCAAACCUGGGAACUGGGACAGCGCUGAUGCCUGGGGUACCAGGACAGAUGGGACUGGCGCACAGAGGAACAGCAGCGCCAACAACUGGGACACGGGCUUCGGCCACCCGCAAGCCUACCAAGGACCAGCAACGGGUGAUGAUGAUGAAUGGGAUGAAGACUGGGACGACCCCAAGUCCUCCUCACCGUACUUCAAGGAUUCAGAACCAGCAGAAGCAGGGGGCAUCCAGCGGGGAAACAGUCGUGCAGGCGCCUCCUCCAUGAAGCUGCCCCUUAACAAAUUCCCUGGAUUUGCGAAGCCUGGCAUGGAACAGUACUUGUUGGCCAAGCAGCUAGCAAAACCCAAAGAGAAAAUCCCCAUCUUUGUUGGGGACUAUGGCCCCAUGUGGGUUUACCCUACCUCUACGUUUGACUGUGUGGUCGCUGACCCCCGGAAAGGCUCCAAAAUGUACGGCCUGAAGAGCUACAUUGAGUAUCAGCUAACGCCCACUAACACUAACCGAUCUGUAAACCACAGAUAUAAGCACUUUGACUGGUUAUAUGAGCGUCUCCUGGUUAAGUUUGGGUCUGCCAUUCCGAUCCCAUCUCUUCCAGACAAGCAGGUCACAGGUCGCUUUGAAGAGGAAUUUAUCAAAAUGCGUAUGGAGCGGCUGCAGGCCUGGAUGACCAGGAUGUGCCGGCACCCCGUGGUGUCAGAAAGUGAAGUGUUCCAGCAGUUCCUCAGUUUCCGAGAUGAGAAGGAAUGGAAGACUGGCAAGAGGAAGGCUGAGAAAGACGAGCUGGUGGGAGUUAUGAUAUUCUCCACCAUGGAGCCAGAGGCGCCUGACUUGGAUUUGAUAGAAAUAGAACAGAAGUGUGACGCUGUGGGAAAGUUCACCAAGGCCAUGGACGAUGGCGUGAAGGAGCUGCUGACGGUGGGGCAGGAGCACUGGAAGCGCUGCACGGGGCCCUUACCCAAGGAGUAUCAGAAGAUAGGGAAGGCUCUGCAGAGCUUGGCCGCAGUCUUCAGCUCCAGCGGCUAUCAAGGAGAGACCGACCUUAACGAUGCAAUCACAGAAGCCGGGAAGACGUACGAGGAGAUUGCCAGCCUCGUGGCCGAGCAGCCCAAGAAGGACCUCCACUUCCUGAUGGAGUGUAACCACGAGUACAAAGGCUUCCUCAGCUGCUUCCCGGACAUCAUUGGUGCCCAUAAGGGAGCAAUAGAAAAAGUGAAGGAAAGUGAUAAGCUGGUUGCAACUAGUAAAAUCACCCCCCAAGACAAGCAGACGAUGGUGAAGAGAGUCGGCACCAUGUCCUAUGCUUUGCAAGCUGAGAUGAAUCACUUCCACAGUAACCGGAUCUACGAUUACAACAGCGUCAUCCGCCUCUACCUGGAGCAGCAAGUGCAGUUCUAUGAAACAAUCGCAGAAAAGCUGAGGCAGGCCCUCGGCCGCUUCCCGGUCAUGUAGACCAGCUGGAACACAAGAGAACUCCCAAGUGCUUCUUUUCAACCUGGGGCAAUGCAAUUCAAUUUCCCUCCAUCAUAAGAGAGAAAAGGAAGAAAACCAAAAAGAAAGAAGUUGACAAAACCUGUUUUCGUCAUUAGCCAGCCUAAAUGCAGUGUUGCUUAGGACGGCCUUUCUUGUUCAUUUCCACAUAUUAGUUACCCAAUGGAAAUGUCUAUUUUUGGAAAAUACUUAAAUUUAUCAAGAUUUUGAAUGAAGAAAUAGGGGUUCCUCCUCCUGGUAUUUUACAUAGAAUCGUAAUUUAUACAUUACCUAUGAUCUUCCAAUUCUUACCCAAUGUCAGAUAAUUAAUACUAAUUGCUUUCUUAAAAAUAUGAAAAAUGGCAGAAUAAAAAAAAUAUAUCUUUGUAUAUUUUUAUAACUCUUUCAGUCCUUUGGGGAUCCUUGUCUGUUUAGGGGAGUCUGCACACCCUCAGUGGCAUAGCUACAGUUAAGUGCUCCCGGGGCGGGGACAUAAAGAGGGUUCCCAGAUCGCCUACCCCCUCAAUCUUCGUGGUGGGCAGCCCAUCAGAAGUCCCACUGGGUGGGCGCAGCGGGCGAGAAGACCCCACCUCCCCACCGCUGCCCAGGGUGGUUCCCUGUGCUGAGGCAGUCAGACUUGGGUGCACUCCCUCCAAGUUCACAGUGAGAGAAGUCAGAACCCGUGACUUGUCCCUGCUACCCAGGUGGGUGGCCACCCUCACUAGGGAGCUCCCACCGCUUGUGCUCCGCCCUUCAGCUGGCCAUUAGAUGAGGGGAGGAGCUGCUGAUAGGACAGGUCUCACGGCCUCCUGGUGUGGAGCAGCCGGCUGCUGUGUCAGUCUUCCCUCAGAAGACUGGGAGUUCAGUGCCUGUCCCCCUCCCAGAGAUUGGGAAAGUUAAGGGACUAAAGUGAGUGGCAGGGCGUGCAGUAGCAAGCUGGUGACACACAGAGAGGUGCCAUCUGUGGCUGUGUCCCAGCCGUCUCCUCCCUCAGACAGUGGUCCCCUGCCACAGUUGCCUUAUGAUGCGACCCUCUGCUGCCGCUUUCCCGACCUGACGAUUACAGUGUAGAAAUGGAAAGUCUGGGCCAGCGGAAACGAAUGAAACCAAAAAUUAGUAGCCGAGAAAAUCCAGUGAGCAUGAACACGAGAACUUCCUGUUCCUCCAUAUCAGGGCUUUGUUAAUGUUUUCUAAGUCAUUUUCCCCUACCUGAUUUUUCUUUUAUAAAAUUCCAUAGAACAGUGUUUAUGAUACAGCCAUUUAAUAUAUGUACAAAUUGUAAAGAACAUGUAUAAAUAUUUUACAUAAAUGUAAGACCAUGUAGAAGCCAAUAUAUAAAUAAAUUGUUUUAAAAAACUGUA